CCGCCCUGCCGCUGGCCCGCUGCGGUGCCGGCCCCAGCGACCCUCCGGCGCCCCCAGGUCCUCCGCCGCCAGCUUCCAUGGACUCGUUCGCCCCACAGCAGCCGGGGCUGUCCCGCGCGCGCCUCGCUGGCACCUCUGGCCGUGGGGCAGCCUCCGUCAGCUGCAGCCGACUCCGCCGGGUUCAAAGCAUCCUAACACAGAGCAGCAAGUCUCAACCCGAUGGGAUUCUCUGCAUCCUAGGAAUUGACAGCAGAUACAAUGAAGGCUGCAGAGAGCUGGCAAAUUACCUUCUGUUUGGUUUAUACAGUCAGAACACCACUGAUUUUGAAAAAACGGGAUUUUCUGAAGAAAUUCUAGAUGAUGUGAUUAUAUUGAUUAAAUCAGAUAGUGUCCAUCUGUACUGUAAUCCCAUCAACUAUCGAUAUCUUUUGCCUUAUGUGGCACCUUGGAGAAACCUGCAUUUCCACUGUAUGACGGAAAAUGAGUAUGAAGAUGAGGAAGCAGCAGAAGAAUUUAAGAUUUCCAGCUUUGUGGACAUGGUUCGAGACUGUAGUAGAAUUGGUAUUCCUUACAGCUCCCAGGGUCACUUACAGAUAUUUGAUAUGUUUGUGGUAGAGAAGUGGCCAAUCGUACAGGCCUUUGCCCUUGAAGGCAUUGGAGGAGAUGGAUUUUUUACCAUGAAAUAUGAGUUGCAGGAUGUGAGCCUGAGUCUGUGGAAUGUCUACAGCAGGGUGGAUCCUAGGUCCCUGGAGAAUAUGCUUUCACAAGACUUGGCAGCAUUUGAGCAUCAGUGGACAAGCUUCUUUGCUAAUUUUGACACAGAAAUCCCUUUCCUGCUGGAACUUUCAGAAUCUCAGGCCGGUGAGCCAUUCAGAAGCUACUUCAGCCAUGGAAUGAUCUCCAGCCAUAUUACUGAAAACAGCCCUCAUAGGCAGCCAUGUGUGCUCUUCGGUAGCCACUCCACACGAGACAACCUGAGUGCCGGCAGCUUCAACUUCCCUUCUGAGGGGCACCUGGUGCGCAACACUGGUUCUGCAGGGAGCUGUGCCAAACACAUGGUCGCUCAGUGUGUCUCACCAAAGGGACCUCUGGCAUGUUCAAGAACAUACUUUUUUGGAGCUACUCAUGUUCCUUACUUGGGUGAGGAUGACAAGCUGCCCAGGACAACUGAGCAAAUUAGGCUCUUAUCCCAGAUAUAUGCUGCUGUUAUUGAGGCUGUUUUGGCUGGCAUUGCAUGUUAUGCUAAAACUUGCAGUCUGGCAAAGGCCACGGAGGUAGCAGAGCAAACUCUGGAGUCUGGGUUAGUCCUCCCUGAAUUGGUUCCAUUCAAAGCAGAUCUACGCUCCAAGGUGGCUUUUCAUAUACAUGCUGUGAACAACCAGGGAAGAACUGUGCCUCUGAAUAGUGAAGAUAGCUUAUCCUUUGUGAAAACGGCUUGUAUGACUGUCUAUGACAUCCCUGACUUGCUGGGAGGAGGAGGAGGAGGAUGCUUAGGAUCUGUGGUCUUCUCAGAGUCAUUUUUGACAUCUCGGAUCCUGGUUAAAGAAAAGGAUGGCACUAUUACCCCAGAGACCAGCUAUGUCAUCCUGACUGCUGCCAUCCCCAGAUUCUGUUCCUGGCUGGUAGAAGAUAAUGAAAUAAAAUUGUCUGAGAAAACCCUACAAGCAAUAAAGGGGGAUGAGUGUUUCUUGGGCACCUUGCUAACAGGAGGAAAAGGAGCACAUCUCUGUUCCACCAGUCCACAGUCCGGGCCUGAGGAAGGGACUGUGCACUUCUUCUCUGGUGGCCUUCUGUUUUCUCACCGUCAUCACGGAAGUAUCAUCAUUUCCAAAGAUCACAUGAAUUCUGUUUCCUUCUAUGAUGGGGAUUCCACCAGUGUAGUGGCCGCCCUUCUCAUAAACUUCCGCAGCUCACUGCUUCCUCAUCUCCCAGUUCAGUUCCAUGGAGCAAGCAAUUUCCUGAUGAUUGCCCUUUUCCCCAAAUCAAAGAUAUACCAGGCAUUUUACUCCGAGGUCUUCUCCCCCUGGCAACAGCAGGAUAACUCAGGGCUUUCUUUAAAAGUGAUCCAGGAAGAUGGAUUAUCUGUGGAACAAAAGAGAUUGCACUCCAGUGCGCAGAAGCUCUUCAGUGCCCUGACCCAUCCUGCGGAGGAAUGGAGCUCCCGGAAACUGCUCUCAGCCAGACUCCCUGAGUUGGACCAGUUUCUCCAACAUUUUGCCAUUGGCAGCAUUGGUCAGGAGCCUGUGAUGCGAACCCAUCUUCCAGGCCUGCUGCAGCAAGCUGAAGUGAGCCCCACUCAUGAAACAGGAAAUGACAAGGUUACCAUCAACAUUAUAACUGGUCUCCCAGGCUGUCAUGCUAGCAAGCUCUGUGCUUUCCUGGUCACUCUGCAUAAGGAGUACGGCAGGUGGAUGGUAUACCGCCAGCUCAUGGACAGCUCUGAGUGUUUCCAUGCUGCGCACUUCCAAAAGUACCUUUCCAGUGCCCUGGAGGCCCAGCAGAACCGCUCUGCCCGCCAGGCAGCUUAUAUCCGCAAGAGGACCAGACUGCUGGUGGUACUACAGGGCUACACAGAUGUCAUUGAUGUCAUCCAGGCCCUGCAGACUCACCCAGACCCACGUGUCACGUCCUACUUCACCAUUGGUGCCGUCACAGUGUGUGUGGAGCCGCUGAGCUGCUACAUGGAGCACAGAUUUCUCUUUCCUAAAUGUCUUGACCAGUGUUCACAAGGCUUGGUGAAUAAUGUGGUGUUUACCAGUCACACGGUGGAACAGAGGCACCCUCUCCUUGUUCAGCUGCAGACCCUCAUCAGGGCUGCCAAUCCUACUGCAGCCUUCAUUCUUGCCGAAAAUGGGAUUGUUACAAGGAAUGAAGACAUCGAGCUGAUUCUCUCAGAAAAUAGUUUCUCAAGUCCCCAGAUGCUGCGUUCUCGAUACCUAAUGUUUCCCGGCUGGUAUGAAGGUAAAUUUGAUGCCGGAUCCGUCUUUCCACUAAUGGUUCAGAUCUGCGUGUGGUUCGACCGUCCUCUGGAGAAAACCCGCUUUGUGACCAAGUGUAAAGCAAUUCAGUCUUCCAUCAAGCCAAGUCCCUUCUCUGGAAACAUCUAUCACAUCCUUGGCAAAGUGAAGUUUUCAGAUUCUGAAAAGAUCAUGGAUGUCUGCCACAACACUUUGACCAACUCUCUGAGCAUUGUGCCGGUUUUGGAAGGACCCACACCACCUUCCAACUCAAGAAGCAUGCCUCAAGAUAGCGGGCAGCCAGAAUGCUACCUUGUGUUCAUUGGCUGCUCCCUGAAAGAGGACAGCCUCAAAGACUGGCUUCGACAGUCAGCUAAGCAGAAGCCUCAGAGGAAAGCUUUGAAAACCAGGGGAAUGCUGACCCAGCAGGAAAUCAAGAACAUCCAUGUGAAACGCCACUUGGACCCCCUACCUGCAGGCUACUUUUACAAUGGCACCCAGUUUGUUAACUUCUUCGGGGACAAGACCGACUUUCACCCACUCAUGGACCAGUUCAUGAAUGACUACGUGGAAGAGGCCAAUCGGGAGAUCGAGCGGUACAACCGAGAGCUGGAGCAGCAGGAGUACCGGGACCUCUUUGAGCAGAAGCCCUAGAGCCAGCUGGGCCUAUGCCCACCCUGAAUGAAUGAAUGGGUGGCCCCUCCUGGAGGGGCUGUGUCUGUCCUCCCUGGCCUGUGCCUGCCAGCGUAGUACUUGUUCUCUUUAGUCUCUCUUCUCUGUGCCCUGAAAGGCAUUGUGUGCACCACUGAGUGGGGGCAGUGCACAGGAAGAGCAGCUGCCACUGCCCUGUGCACUAGCAGCUCUGGGUGUCUGGUAGAAGACUCCGUUGGUCUGCUGGACACCAUGUAAGGCUAAGGAGAAGCCUUUGGCGUGCACAGUGGAGCUGCUGGAAUUUAGAAGGGCCCCUGGCUGCUUAAGCGGUGGCCAGGCAGAGAGCCACAGUGCCCUCUAGAUAAGAGAGCACUUUUGUGGGCUGAAUGGAAGAUGGUGCUUUCUGCAAGUAUGAAGCUCCUGAGUGGAUAGCAGCAUUGCGUGGGGCUGGUCCUUGAGGUCCCCUGUGGCAUUACUGGGUUCUCUGGUUCAGGGACAAGAGCAGGCCUGCUGCCCAAGACCUGGCAGUGCCACCCCUCCCUGUCAAGGUGAAUGUCUUGUGGCUCGCUUGUCUUAGGCCCAGGGUCUGAUCAUUGGGGACUGUUGGUCUCUAGCACCCAGCCUCCCCACCCCCUGCCAUGGAAGGCAAUACAUUUCAGAAACUACCCCCCUUACCCCCCACCCCGCCAAACUGUCCCUGUCCUGGAUUAAUUUGCUUGGUUCCUGAGGACCAGGAAUUUGAAGCAUUCUGAUAUCCAAAUUAGAAUUCCCCCCAGUGGUUUUGUUGUAGUUUGGAUCAUACAGCAAAAGUAAACUAAUUUGCAUCCCAAGACUGACCUCCCUAAUUAGUGUGGGGAACAAGGUCACUAAAGGUGAUGCCUACUAGGACUUGAGUGCCUCCUGCUGCUUGAACUGUAAACGUUUGUUUUCUGAGUUUGAUGUACUUUUUGCAUGCCUUAGGAAAAAGCACAUAGGUGAAA